AUGAAAAAUUUCACUUUCUUCAGUGAGUUCAUCCUCCUCGGGCUCUCUGCUGACCCGCAGAUCCAGACCGUGCUCUUUGUGCUAUUUCUUGCGAUUUAUCUCCUAGCCCUGGUGGGAAAUGUGGUGAUUAUACUGGCAAUCAAAGGAGAUUCUCACCUCCACACACCCAUGUAUUUCUUCCUUGGACACUUGUCCUUCCUAGAUAUCUGCUUUGCCUCAGUUACCAUGCCCAAAAUGCUCCAGAACUUUCUGUCUCAGAAGAAAACCAUCUCAGUGUGGGGCUGCUUUACCCAGAGUUUCUUUUUCCUCCUCUCUGGGUGUGCCGAAGCCAGUCUUCUCUCUGCCAUGGCCUACGACCGCUACGCUGCCAUCUGCCACCCUCUGCUCUACACCGUGAUCAUGAACAGGUCUCUCUGCACAACAAUGGUCAGCGGAGCUUGGAUGAUGGGAUUUCUGAACUCACUCGUGAAUAACAUUUUCAUCUACAAGUUAGAUUUCUGUGGGCCCAGCGUCAUCCACCACUUCAGCUGUGAGCUGCCUUCAUUAUUUCCUCUCUCCUGUACUGAUCCCACUGCCAACAAAUUCCUUCUGGCAGGGUCCAGUGCGUUUCUGGGGCUGCUGACACUUCCCCUGAUCCUCUUCUCUUACUCCCGAAUCAUUUCUGCCAUUCUGAACAUCCGUUCCUCAGGAGGCCAAGGGAAAGCCUUCUCCACCUGCUCCUCCCACCUCACAGUGGUGCUCUUGUUCUAUGGGACAGCUCUGUUCCGGUACAUCAGCCCUGCCUCGGGUUCAGUGUUGGAGCGAGUGGUAUCCAUUCAGUACAGUGUCAUCACCUCCUUGCUGAACCCGCUCAUCUACAGCCUUAAGAACCAAGAGGUGAAGGCAGCUCUGCAGAGAAUGCUGAGGCCACCAAUGUGCAGCUCUAAGAAGGGAUUCUCAGAUCGAGAAUGGGGACGAGGGAUAUUCCUUAACACCUUGAGAAGAAAAAAGCUAUUUGAAGUCAGUAUUCUAAAAGUAUCAUCUACAAACCAGUAG